GCAACCGGUGUCCUCACUUCCGCCUUGGCUGCUAGAGUCUAACUCUUUUAGCGAGUCCGGACGGUCCGCCUCCUAUUCGGAACGGCUCCGGCGGCCAAAGCGGCGAGGGUCGGAGGCAGCGGGCGGGAUGAGCACGACGCCCGGCGGAGGGGUACGGACGCUGCGGGUGCCCGGCCGCCACGGCUACGCUGCCGAGUUCUCCCCAUACCUGCCGGGCCGACUAGCCUGCGCCGCCUCGCAGCACUACGGCAUCGCGGGCAGUGGAACUCUGCUAAUAUUGGAUCAAAAUGAAUCUGGGCUUAGGCUUUUUAGAAGCUUUGACUGGAAUGAUGGUUUGUUUGAUGUGACCUGGAGUGAGAACAAUGAGCAUGUGCUGGUCACCUGUAGUGGCGAUGGCUCCUUACAGCUCUGGGAUACCGCCAGGGCCACAGGGCCACUGCAGGUCUUCAAGGAGCACACUCAGGAGGUAUACAGUGUUGACUGGAGCCAAACCAGAGGUGAACAGCUUGUGGUGUCUGGCUCAUGGGAUCAAACUGUCAGACUGUGGGAUCCAACUGUUGGAAAGUCUCUGUGCACUUUUAGAGGUCAUGAAAGUGUCAUUUAUAGCACGAUCUGGUCUCCCCACAUUCCUGGCUGCUUUGCUUCAUCCUCAGGCGAUCAGACUUUGAGAAUCUGGGACGUGAAGACAGCAGGAGUCAGAAUUGUGGUUCCAGCACAUCAGGCGGAAAUUUUGAGCUGUGACUGGUGUAAAUACAAUGAGAAUUUGGUGGUGACGGGGGCGGUUGAUUGUAGUUUGAGAGGCUGGGACUUGAGGAAUGUACGACAACCUGUGUUUGAACUUCUCGGUCACACUUACGCUAUUAGGAGAGUGAAAUUUUCACCAUUUCAUGCUUCUGUGCUGGCCUCUUGUUCCUAUGAUUUUACUGUAAGAUUCUGGAACUUUUCAAAGCCUGACCCUCUUCUUGAAACAGUGGAACAUCAUACAGAAUUUACUUGUGGUUUAGAUUUAAGUCUUCAGAGUCCUACUCAGGUGGCUGACUGUGCUUGGGAUGAAACAAUAAAGAUAUAUGAUCCUGUUUGUCUUACCAUGCUGGCUUGAGACAAACUUCUCCAUUCAGAAACACAGGAGACUGACUGAAGAACUGCUCAGCAGGAAAUAAAUUACUGAUACUAUAGAUUUCAUGUUUUUAUAUACUAUUCAUAUUUCAAAGUUUAAAAAUUCAUUUUGGAAUCAAUUUUGAGGCAGCUGAUAAAGACUUUGGCUCACUAUUUAAAGCCUGGUACAUAAGCCAUAUUUCUUAAAAUCUUAAAAAUAAUUGAAGUUAUGGUGUAUGGUGUAUCUUGUAGUAUCUAUUAAAAUAGAACCUAUUAUAAAAUGGAUUAAAAUAUGGGAGCUCUGUAGAUUAUAUUGAUAGUGAUAUAUUUCACUUUUAAUUUGUCAUUUUUGAUUUAAAAUAUAAUGACUGCUAUUGAUAAAAAUCAAAUAAACGGUAUCUCUUGAUCAUUUAUGAUUUUAUGACACCCCUACCAAGGUUACUUUUUCUAAUACAGUAUAUAUAUAUAUAAAACACUAUAUAAUAUAGAUACAUCUAUGGUUAUAGUAACAGGGCUCUAAUAACUGCAGAUUUAUUCAGCGAUUAUUUAUUGAGCAUCUACUACAUGCUUGACACACAGGAUGAAAGAGAUUCUCUCAAGGACUGGUGUCCGUCAGACAUGAGAACAUGGGAGCUUUCCUGGUGCUCAGUGGUAAAGAAUCCACCUGCCAAUGCUGGAGACUCAGGUUCAGUCCCUGGUCCAGGAAGAUCCCACAUGCUGCAGAGCAGCUAAUCCACGUGCCACAACUUUUGAGCCUGUGCUCUAGAGCCUGGGAGCUACAGCUACUGAGCCCACAUGCCUAGAGCCUGUACUCUGCAACAGGAGAAGCCACCACAAUUAAAAAACCUGCACACAACUAGAGAGUACCCCCACUCACUACAACUUCAGAGAAAAGCCUGCACAGCAACAAGGAUCCAGCAAGCCAAAAAUAAAUAAAUAAAAUUAUUGGGAAAAAAAAGAUACUGAGAGUUAAGAGCUUACCUAUGUUUUACUUUUAUUCAAAUAUUUUUAGAUAUUAUACCCAUGACCCUAUAUUUCUUUCUUCCUAUUUCUCUCUAAUCAGAUUUUUGAAAAACUGGUCACUGGGCAAAAAGUCUUAGGUCCUACCAAGGUUUCAGGAAAUUACCUUAAAACUAAAUAAUGAAAUACUUAGUUAAUUCAUAACUAAUAAUGAAAUAUCCUAAUUAAUGCCAUAAACCCUCCUUACUAACUCCUUAGGUCUUGAAAAACCUUGAGGUGUGAUGAUCCAUAAAAAAUUAGGUUGAAAGAGAAAAAGUAGUAGAAUAGACAACUUUGUUCAGGAAGGAGGGGAUAUAUGUAUACCUAUGACUGAUUCCCUUGCGACUCAGCUGGUAAAGAAUCCAUCUGCCAUGUGAGAGAGCUAGGUUCCAUCCCUGGGUUGGGCAGAUCCCCUGGAGAAGGGAAAGGCUACCCAUUCCAGUAUUCUGGCCUGGAGAAUUCCAUGGACUGUAUAGUCCAUGGGAUCCCAAAGAGUCAGACAUGACUGAGCAACUUUCACUUUCACAUUGCUGAUUCAUGUUGCAGUUUGACAGAAAACAACAAAAUUCUGUAAAGCAAUUUCCUUCAAUUAAAAAGUGAAGAAAUUUAAAAAAAUGUUAC